CUUCAGAUGUAUAAUUGUACCGGGGUGUACUUUCCUUUUAAAAGAAAAGGGAUGACUGCAGGAACUGCCGGUGAGGAUUUCGGCACUAGGCAUUUGUAAACAGAGCGGUUGUACGUGUGUUUUGUAGCAGAAGGGGAGAGGAGUGAAAACCCGUGUUUUUGUAUCCAGACUGUUGAUGUUUCAGAUGGAGGCACGUACCGCGUCCGAGCCCUUUGUUGACAUUUUCACCCGGAGUUGGCGAAGUUGUGUUUUCAGGACGGAGGCUUUGGCGGAGAUACUUCCUGUCUUUAUCUUUUAGGAUGUACUUGGGGAUACGGGGGGCGAAAUCGUUAUUUUGCAUCAGCCUGGCUGGCUUUUAGUUACGUUUUAAGCUUGGUCGAGGAAGAGACCGUCAAAUCGGGAAACGUUUCGUCGGGCGACAGCUGUUUAUCUGUUAGGACGUAGGUAAUUUCCGAAGUCCUGCCGCCUGUUUGACUUCAGCGAUGUAAACAGUGCGCACGUUGGGACACUGAGAAACUUCGGAUCCGAAACGACACGCGUGGCAGCUCUCAGGAGAAAGUGAAGUGAUGUCAGCAAGCCUGUCCUAGUCGCAUUUCUGCUCAGGGCUGGGUGUGCGCGCCGCUGAGGCGCAGGCGGCAUGAAGGUGAUCGGGCAGUGCUGGUCCCUGGGGUGAGAUCUCCGUAUCGCCGGAGCCGCCACCGCAAGCUUCCACGCUGUCACCUGGAGCAGAACCACGCCGCGGGAGAGGAGCACGCAGAGGCGCUCGUGGAGGACAAAUCCCGCUUCCCUGCUGGGGCUGUUUUUAUUUAUUGUUUUAAAGACCUUUCUUCAUUUUCCGGCCUUCAUUGAAACACUAAUGGAAAGAAAAAUUGGAGUCGGGUUGGGCGAGAGAUGAGGAAAAAUCCUUUGUGGAAAACACUACAAAAACUGUGACAAGAUAACUGCAGCUUUUUUUUUUUGUUCUUUUGGCCUUUGUGGCAUCUUGCCUAGUUUUGUUCCGCCCUGUUGUGGAUUAUUAAAAGAACAGUAGCUGAGCAAACCCGGAGAAAAGCGUCACGGAUACCAUCCUUUCCCUCUGUUUUUGGUUUGGCCUUCUUCUUAAAGAAGGUAACUUUUACCCCGCUCCAAGAGGGAGUGGGGGUUGCCACGGAGACGCAGACCGGGGGGGUGGGGGGGGGCUGGGUGGCACGCCUAUGCUAUGGUCAGCUGCUCCCUGCCAGUCUGCCGCUGCUCGUGCUCUGGCUCUGAGGGACUCUCCGCACGGCAUCGGGAUAAAGGAUAGCCGGCGGAGGAGGGCGUAGGAGGGAGGAGGAGGAGGAGGAGGAGGAGGGGGCUCGGCUCGGGCGAGGAGGGCACAGGGCGGGCGGUUCCUGGAUGGGCGUGUCGUCUGGCCGCCGCCGCAGCCGAGCGUCAGCCAUGGUGAAGCUGGCUAACCCGCUGUACACUGACUGGAUCUUGGAGGCCAUCAAGAAGGUGAAGAAGCAGAAGCAGCGCCCAUCUGAGGAGCGAAUCUGCAAUGCGGUCUCCAUGUCCCAUGGGCUGGACCGCAAGACGGUCCUGGAGCAGCUGGAGCUCAGUGUCAAGGAUGGCUCCAUCCUGAAGGUCUCUAACAAGGGCCUGAACUCCUACAAGGACCCCGACAACCCCGGCAGGCUGGCCUUCCCCAAACCUCGGAACAAUAGUGCUAGCCCGCCCAAGGCGUCGGGGUUUGACUGGAAUAAACUCAUCAAACGGGCGCUGGAGGGGCUGCAGGAGCCCGGCGGCUCCUCUCUGAAAAGCAUUGAGCGUUAUUUGAAGGGCCAGCGCGAUGUAGCCGCCUCCAUUAACAGCGCGGGCUCCUCGGCGGCCCUGUUCCACCAGCAGCUGCGGCUGGCCGUGAAGCGUGCCCUGGCUCACGGCCGGCUGCUCAAGCAGGGGCCGAUGUACCAGCUGAGUGGGCGUGGCGUGGCCUCUCAAACCGAGGUACCCCCUGUAGACUCGCUGGCUUCCCUGCCCCCUGUCCGCCUGCUGCCCCACGAGAAGGACAAGAUGCUGUUGAAGAAUGGAGGAGUCCCCUCUAGCAGGCCGGUGGCAGAGCCCAUCCCCAUCUGCAGCUUCUGUCUGGGGACGAAGGAGCAGAACCGGGACAAGAAGCCGGAGGAGCUAAUUUCGUGUGCGGAUUGUGGGAACAGCGGUCACCCGUCGUGUCUGAAGUUCUCCCCAGAGCUGACGGUGCGAGUGAAGGCGCUGUGGUGGCAGUGCAUCGAGUGCAAGACCUGCAGCUCCUGUCAGGACCAGGGCAAGAAUGCGGACAACAUGCUCUUCUGUGACUCCUGUGACCGGGGCUUCCAUAUGGAAUGCUGUGACCCCCCUCUGACUCGGAUGCCCAAAGGUCAGAUCACCCUGCUCUCAAAGCUGGGCACCUCUGGCUCCCCCACAUACAGAAUGUGGAUCUGUCAGAUCUGUCGACCGCGGAAAAAGGGAAGACGACUGUUACAUGAAAAAGCAGCACAAAUCAAACGGCGCUACAACACACCACUGGGACGGCCCAAAAACAGGUCAAAGCGCCCCUUCAAGAAGCUGAGGGGGCCUCCAGGGCGGGGGGGCCGGCGGCGCAGGGCGGGGCGGCUCUCCCGCGGCUCGUCCUCGCCGCCCUCUUCGCCCGCCUCCUCCUCCGAGGGCUAUCCCGGCGACGACCGCCUGCUCUUCGGCUUCUCCGGCGACGGCGACGAGUCGCCGGGGCUGCGCUUCAACAAGAAGACGAAGGGCCUGAUCGACGCGCUCACCAAGUUCUUCACGCCCUCCCCCGACGGGCGCAAGGCCCGCACCGAGGUGGUGGACUACUCGCAGCAGUACCGCGCCCGCAAGAAGGGGGGCAGGAAGGGCGAGGCUGCGGACAGGACAGACAAUCAGGAAUCCCGUGAGGAGUGGCGGGAGGGAGAGGAGAGGCCGCCCGGCAUGCAGGACAGCGUCUCCGAGAAAGACAUGGAGCUCUUCCGACACAUCCAGGAGCUCGCUCUGCAGAAAGUGGGGGUAACGGGGCCCCCCGAUCCGCAGGUGCGCUGCCCCUCUGUCAUUGAGUUUGGGAAGUAUGAGAUCCAGACCUGGUACUCCUCGCCCUACCCCCAGGAGUAUAGCAGGUUGCCCAAGUUGUACCUCUGUGAAUUCUGCCUGCGGUACAUGAAGAGCCGCAGUAUCCUGUUCCAGCACAUGCGCAAGUGUGGCUGGUUCCACCCCCCUGCCAACGAGAUCUACAGGAAAGACAACGUGUCCGUCUUUGAGGUGGAUGGCAACGUCAGUACAAUCUACUGUCAGAACCUGUGCCUGUUGGCCAAGCUCUUCCUGGACCACAAGACGCUCUAUUAUGAUGUGGAGCCCUUCCUCUUCUAUGUCCUGACACAGAACGAUGCCAAGGGCUGCCAUCUUGUGGGCUACUUCUCCAAGGAAAAGCACUGUCAGCAGAAGUAUAAUGUCUCCUGCAUCAUGAUUCUUCCUCAAUAUCAGCGAAAGGGCUAUGGACGUUUCCUCAUUGACUUCAGCUACCUGCUGUCGAAGCGUGAGGGCCAGCCGGGCUCGCCAGAGAAGCCUCUUUCUGACCUGGGCCGGCUAUCCUACAUGGCAUACUGGCGCAGCGUGGUGCUGGAGACCCUGCACCAGCUCCACGACCCCCAGAUCACGAUCCGCCGGCUCAGCAAGAUCACAGGCAUCUGCCCUCAGGACAUCACCGCGACUCUGCAUCAUCUCAACAUGCUGGAGUACAGGAGGGACAGGUUCGUGUUGGUGCGGCGAGAGAAGAUGAUUGCAGCUCACGUGGCCCGGCUACGCAUGAACCCACGCCAGCUGGAGGUGGACCCAGACUGCCUGCGUUGGACACCUGUUAUUGUCACCAACACCAUGGUCUCCGAGGGUGAGGAGGAGGAGGAAGAGGAGGAGGAAGAGCCCUGCAAGGAGAACAAGCCCAAUCUGACCCCUGCCCCAGUGCACUGGCGACAUGGUGACGAAGAGGAGGAGGACCGGAAGUGCUUCCCAGCACUGACAAACAGCCAGCCCUCUCCAGCAGCAUCUCCCCUCCAUAGUGCCCAGCUCCUUGCCGACACCCCCCUUGCUCCUGCCAACGGGGAGCGGAGGUGUGGGCGCCGGGGCCGCAAGAAGCAGGACUGGCUCUGGGUGAAAGUGAAGGACGGGUCGCGGGGUGAGAGAGGCCGGCCGAGGAAAGUGCGCCGUGAAGAAGAGGAGGAUGAGGACGAGGAGGAGGAAGGGGCUGAGGAGGAUGAGACCCCUGCACCACCCCUUUCUCCUCCGGCCCUGUUGGCCACUGAGACAGAACUCGAGCUGGACCCCAGCUCCAGGCUGGCAGAGGGCGAUCAAUUGACCCGGCCCCCUCCUAUCAUGCCUGCCCCACGCAGGGGACGCCCUGCUCGCAAGAAGAGGGGACCCCGAAAACGAAGGCUCAGUGAUGGCUCUGGAGAACCCCAGCCACCUCAAACCCUCAGGCUUGGUGAGGCACCUGCCCCAGCCAGAAGGGGGCACUUUAGCGACAGCAGUGAGGAGGAGGAGGAUGAUGAAGAGGGCUUGAGGCCUAGGUCACCCCCAGUCCUCACCAAGCCCAGCCUGGGACUUAAGUGCAAGAAGACUCUGCGGAAGCGGCGCGUGCGUCAGCGCAGUCACCCGCACAGUAGCGUCGUCACGGAGACCAUCUCGGAGACAACGGAGGUCCUGGAUGAGCCGUUUGAGGACUCGGAUGUGGAGAGGCCCAUGCCGCGGCUGGAGCCCACCUUCGAGGCACUGGAGGAGGAGGUGGCGCCCUAUUCCCGUGGGCAGCGCCGCUACCUGCCGCCUCGCGCCGCCCUCAGACACUCAACCCCGGCGCCGAAGAGGAAGUGCCACCCCACGGUGCACACGGAAUCGGAAGACGAAGAUUCCACUCCGGUCCUGAAGCCUGCGGUUGCACUGCACGCUCAGGACCCAGGGGCGGGACCGCCGGUGCUAGGAGAGGAGGACAUGAUGGAGGCAGAGCCGGUGAAGAAGAAGAAGAAGGGCUGGCCGAAGGGGAAGAGCCGCAAGCCGCUGCACUGGAAGAAACGGCCGGGGAGGAAGCCGGGUAGCACUGUCAGCCGCGAAAACUCAGGCACGGCACUGGCUCUGGAGACAAGCAAGGGAGAAGACGACGAGGAGGAGGACGAGGAUGAGGACGAGGAAGAGGGACUGGGAGAAGAGAGGGAGAAGAAUGAUCUUGCGGGGAACCCGUCCUCCCCUCUGACCGAAGAACAGCCACCCCCGAAGCUCAAGCUCAAACCGGGACGGAAACCGCGGAGCUACUACCUGCAGCGGGCUCAGGAGGAGGCAGCGCGGCAGGAGCAGGAGAGGAAGAGGCUGGUGCAGCAGCAGCUCCUGGAGAAGCAGAAGCUGGAGGAGCGAGCCGGCAGGAAGAGCACCAGGGCGGGCGGAAACAGCAGCAGCAGCGCCGUGGCGGCGGAGAAAGAGAAACGGAAACACUCGGAAGACGAGGGAGAGGAGGAGGAAGAGGAGGAAGAGGAUUACGAUGAUGAGCACAAAGAAAAGCCAAAGCGGCAGGGACGGCCAGCGUUGGGGACCCUGCUGGGGGUACCCCACAAACAUACUGCAACGGAGGAGGAGGAGGAGGAGGAGGACGACGACGAUGACGAUGAUGACGAAGAUGAGGCUUGGGAAGAGAAUCACUCUUCCUCUCAUGCCAUCCCACCUCCCUCUUCACAUGCCCGAGCUCCACAAGGCAGGGCAGAUGGAGAGCGAGAGGAGGAAGAGCGGGGGAGCAAUAAAAAGGCUGCGGUGACUACAGCCAGCACAGCGGGGCCGACAAAGAGCAUCGGGCGGAGGAGUGAAGACCACGAUGCCGACGACGAGGGCGAUGGACACCUCGAGGGGAAAUGCGAGAAGAACAAAAACGAAAAGAGGAAGAGUCAAGAUUCUGAAGAGGAGGACGAGGAGGAGGAGGAUGAGGAAGACGAGGAGGAAGAGGAGCCAGCUUCUCCUGUUCGGACACCCCCGGUCAAGGAGGAGCCACAAACUUUUUUAGAUACGGUGGGGAGCGCAGUGAGAGAGGGCGCUGACAAGCAGCAAGAGGAGGAGGAGGAGGAGGAAGAGGAGGAGGAGGAAGAGGAACUAGAGGAGGUGAAGAGCCGACCUGACGCCCAGGAGGAGCGCCGCCGCAGGGAACAGGAGGAGUCCGCAGCAGCGGCUGCGGCCGUGGAAGCCGUCACCGCCAUUCCUGUGCCUGAGGAGCCCAUCGACUUGCAGCCCUUGCAUGAGGAGCCCAAGCCGGUGCUGCUGAUCGAGUCUGAGCACCAGCACCCGCAGUCGCACUCGCACACGGACUUCAAGGAGGAGCUGAGCCACCAUCACGUGCACCACCCGCAUUCCCACAGCCAUGCGCCAGCCCACCCCCACCCCCACCAUGCCAGUGAGCUUGAUCUGGAGACCGUGCAGGCCGUGCAGUCGCUCACGCAGGGCGAGGCCCAGGACUGUGAAGAGCCAGAACCGCCGGGGGCUUACCAGGACUGCGAGGAGACGCUGGCAGCCUGCCGCACGCUGCAGAGCUACAAUCACCGCCAGGAAGGCGAGGACGAGGCUGCUGCGCUCGCGCUGGUGGAGGACUGCGGCCCCGCCUCCCAGCACAGCAGCCCGCUGUCUGGCCAUGCUCAUCACGCUGCGCCCUCGCUCCCGGGGCAGUCGGUGCGCUCCGUCAGCAGCCCUGGCCUGCCCCCUGGGACGCUUGAGGCUGGAGCGGGAGGAGGGCCAGUGACUGGAGCAGGAGGACCAGGAGGAGGAGGGGGAUACACCCAGAUCACUCCAGAGCACCCCGGCUCCCUCUCGGCACCUUCCCUGCAAAACAUGGAGACCAGCCCCAUGAUGGAUGUGCCCUCGGUGUCUGAUCACUCUCAGCAGGUGGUGGACAGUGGCUUCAGCGACCUUGGCAGUAUAGAGAGCACCACAGAGAACUAUGACAAUCCCAGUAGCUAUGAUUCCACAAUGGGAGGUGGAGGUGGGGGGGGAGGGGGAGGAGGAGGGAACGGAAACAGCAUAGCAGCAGUGGCUGUUGUUGCAGCGACCGCCUCUUCUACUACGUCUUCUGCAGCGGUUUCCUCUGCGUCUUCUUCCUCUGGCUCCGCGGGCUCUGCUCCACCUUCGUCGUCUUCUUCCUCACAGGCCAAUAGCUGUCCCUUCAGUGGGGGGGCUCCCGCUGGCUUGGUGUCUUCCAGUAGUAGUGGGGGCAGUGUAGUCAAUUCCCAGAUUGGGGCACUGGGCAGCAGCUGCAGUCUGAUCCAGCAAGGAGGGGGAGGUGGAGCAGGAGGAGGGGGCAACAGUGGAGGCAGCGGUGGCAGUAAUGUUCCCCAGCCACCCCCGCCUCCGCCACCCCCCUCAGCCUCCACACCUGGCUGUGGUAUCAAGUCUCCGCAGAGUUGCGUCAUUGAGAGGCCGCCUAGCAGCAACCAGCAGCCACAGAAGAAAGUGGCGCCCCAGCAGGCCACACCACCCCAGCCAACUGCACCCCCGCCUCCACCACCCCCCCAGCAACAGCAGCCGCAACAGCAGCAACAGGCACUGUCCCAGUGCAGCAUGGGGAACACCUUUGCCUCCACGCCGAUGAUAAUGGAGAUCCCGGAGUCUGGGGGGGGAGGCUCUGGCAGUGGGGGAGGCCGCAGCCUGUAUGACCGCAUGGGCCAGGACUUCGGAGCGGGCAGCUACCCCCAGCCCUCUGCCACCUUCAGCCUGGCCAAGCUGCAGCAGCUCACGAACACCAUCAUGGACCCGCAUGCUGGCAUGCCCUACUCGCACUCUGCAGCUGUCACCUCUUAUGCCACCAGUGUCUCGCUCUCCAACGCACCUCCUGGCCUGGCACAGCUUGCACCCUCGCCACACCCACCUCUUUCCCAGACGCAGCCCACCAUGACACCUCCCCCCAACCUGGGCUCCAGCUCAAUGAACCUGGGCUCUCCACUCCUGCAGUGCAACAUGCCGGGCACCAAUAUAGGCAUCCCGCCACCCCCACACACGCAGCGUCUGCAGGGCCAGAUGGCCACUGUAAAGACCCACCUUUCCAUCCGGUCCAAGUCGGCCCCUCUGCCCUCGGGCUCGCCUCACCAGCAGCAGCUGUACAGCCGGAGCUCUGGCGCCGUCACCAUGCAGGGCACGCCCCGGGCUCUGGCUGUGCAGCGCGGCAUGAUGCCCAACCUCAUGCCCACUCCGACUGCCUACAACUCCAUGAACAUGAACCCGCUGAAUGCCAUGCCCACCGGCUACCGCAUGCCACAGCCUAUGAUGAACAGCGGUUACCACGGCAACCCACCUUACAUGAAUCAGCCUGCCCAGUACCCCAUGCAGAUGCAGAUGGGCAUGAUGGGGGGGCAGGCCUACCCCCAGCAGCCUAUGCAGCCAAAUCACCAUGGCAACAUGAUGUACACUGGCCCCUCCCACCACACCUACAUGAACGCAGGCGUGCCCAAACAGUCGCCUUACAUGAGCAGAUGAGCGUGUGAGCAGGAACGGGUAUCAGUGUGGGUCUCUGUUAUCCUUCCAAGACCUGAGGAAGAGGAGGGCAAGGGACUUUUUUGUUUUGUUCUAUUUUUAUUUUUCUUCUUCCCACCUCCUGUUUUCCAGGGAGUGUCUAAUGUUACUGAACUGACAGGACAAAAACAGACUUGCAGACUAUGUGGACCUCUGGCUGCAGCUCUCUGCUGGACUGCACUCUUUCUGCUGGGGGGCCCGAGUCUCUUCUCCCCCUGCGUCUCCACUGCGGGUGAAUAUAUGUUCAUCUGAGUGGGGAGGGGCGCAGGGGCGCAGCUGAGAUCAACUGAAGAAAAUAGAAAAAAAGUGUUUUUGUAAAAGAUGUAAAGCAGUGCACACAAUCUUCUGAAAUUAAAAUAGGAGCCUUACCUAAAGAUAAUUUCAAAAAAGGAAAAGAUGUAGAAAUGGAAUUUCUUCUUUUUAUACAUUAUGAAUUUUUGUUUAUAACAGUUAAUGCUUGUGUGCAGUCCAUCUUUUUUAUGUUUUUAUUUUUUUGUUGUUUGUAUUGUUGGAAAGGUCUUUUAAUUCCAGUCAGAGAUACAGAUCCUUUUGUCUUUUAUGCAGCACACUAUCAGACACACACACCCUUAUUGCCACUUCUUUCACCGGGUUGGUGGCACCUUCCUAGGCUAAUGGAGGAGUGUGCGGUCUCCUGGCGCCCUGGUCUUCCCUGGGUAGGAGGCUGCACUGUCCCGGGCUCUGUUCAGUGGACUGAAAGCCAUUACUGACGCGCGUUACUCAGCUUCUAAGAACAAUGAAAAGAGAAAGUCCACUCUCGGCAAGCCCUGGGCUUUAUUAGGAUGUGAUGGCAACUCAAAAGACAAACAGGAGUUGCAAGAAUUUUUAAAAAACGUGUCCAUGUAGUUUGUGAUGUUCUGCGUGUUUAGAUGUGCAGGCAUCCCAGGGUUUUUUUUUUAUUCGCACUGCGCAUAAAGGAGCAGGGCUGCCAGCUGAUUGGUGGGGGUAGUGAGCCGUGAGCAGAUAGUGCAGGACCUGCACGUGUGAGCCCAUCACUUGGGCACACCUUGUGUUCACUUUAACCCUGACCGUCACCAGAGCUCUCUUGAUGUGCUGCCCUGUCAUCUCCCCACGGUACUGGUACGCAGAGAAAGAGUACGCGAGUGCUCGUGGGGACUGCCAGGUGGAGAGGUCAUUCCAGUGUGGGAACGUCAGGAGUCAGUCUUUCGUCUCUGAAAAGCUGAAUUAAAGGGGACACUCACUCCCAUUGUCUGUGGUCGCGGGUCAGCAGAUCUAGAAGUUUUCAUUCGAGUGACAGCAACACUUUUCCAGAAAUUAAAUGUCCCAGUAUUCUGACUCUGACCGGGAGUGGAGGAGACUCUACAGUGAUGAGUUUUACUUGUUACUAUUUUUUUUUCCUCUGAAUUUUAUCAGAUCGGGCAGCUUCCUUUUAUGACACAAGCUGACUCUUUUUUCGACUUUAGAAAAACUUAUUGUAGAGAAAAUGUUUUUUCUAUAAUAUAAAAAAGGAAAAAAAAUCCUGCAUAUUAA